AUGGAGUACCCUCCGCAGUACCAACAGCCUCAUGGCCAACACCCCCACGCCCCUUCACACAUGCCUGGUCCAUACCAAUCUGGACCAGGGCAACCCGGUGCGCCCGUUGGAACGAUGACCUCGCCCACGAAUGCCCCGCCACCCAUGCAAUCACAACAUCCUUCCCAUCAGACAUCACCGAUCGUUCCGUCGCAACAGCACUACCAGCAAGCGCAAGGUGGGCCCGGCGCUGUUCACCAGCAGAUGAACUUCCCCCAAGGCUACGGUGUCUCUGCUGCCAUGCCCCAGCCAUACGGUAUCUCGCCCACGCAGGCCGCCGCGAUGGCCACUGCUGCCGCUUCCGGACAAUUCUACCCCCUUCAGCAACACGAUGGUAUGGCUGGCCAGAUGGCUCCCGGGACACGGGGCUCGCCGCGCAUGGCUGGCGUGCCCAUGAAGCCGGAUCGGAAUCCUCGCUCUCCCCAAAUGCCUGGCCAGAUGCCCCCGAUGGGCUCGCAGGUUCAGAUGCCGAACCAGCAGAUGCCCCCGGGUCGCCGAAUGAGCCACAUCGGUAGUCCCAACGUACCCACCGCUCAGCCCGUGAUGAGUCACAUUGGCCGACCCUCGGUCGCGCAAUCCAUGCCUGGCGCGCCCCAGGCCGCCAUCCAACAGAACCAGCCAUCGCCUGAGAUGGUGCCCGGUGGCAACCAGGAAGAAUCCCCGCUCUAUGUCAACGCCAAGCAGUUCCACCGUAUCCUGAAGCGCCGUGUCGCCCGUCAGAAGCUCGAGGAGCAGCUUCGACUGACGUCUAAGGGACGUAAGCCGUAUCUGCACGAGUCGCGACACAACCACGCCAUGCGCCGACCCCGUGGCCCCGGCGGCCGUUUCCUGACGGCUGACGAGGUUGCCGCGAUGGAGAAGAAGGCGGCAGAGGGUGACGGUGAUGCUGCGGCUGACCUCGGCAAGGAGAACGGGUCUGUAGGCCAGAAGCGGAAAUCAAGCGAGGGCAAUGAUGACGGUGGUAGUGCGAAGAAAACCAAGACGAGCACCAGUGCCGAUGGCAGUGAGCAAGAAUCUGCUGAGCCAUCGGAUGAGGAUGGUUGA